UCUAGCCGAGACAAAUAUACUUCCUAUCAAAUUACUUAUUAUUACAACUUGUCCUAAGUCAAGACCAUCAGUUCUAGAAACUCGUAUAAUUUAACAAAAUGCAAAUUAUUUUAAAAAUAUUUCUCAUUGCGAAUCAUUGGUUUAUGUGUUGAUAUAAAUAUUUGCCUCAAGAGAAAACUAAAACGGCAAUAUGAAACAGGGAGCAUAAAUGCACACCUAUAUUCUAGUCUCACAAUCCUAGUUUCCCACCGAAAUAUUCUAAAAUUGAAACUUAGGCAAGAAAAAGGUUAAUUGGAUCCAUGCCAUUACAAUUGUGUCGAAUUAGAGAAGUGCCAUUAUAAAUCGCCUAUUUCGAAGCAUGCCAUCCGUAUUGAUGUUAAUUUUGGUCCAUCCCAUAAUUUGGUCGUCUCCCGUGUUUGUACACGUAGUAUCGGAUACAUAUUUGUGUAUGGACGGAAAUGCCCCUUUCAGACGCGCUCUAAAACUGACCUGGUUCAGCUCAACCGUAUGCUUGCUCCAUCCAUUCCCUACUCCAUUCCUUCCUAUUCGAGCUCCAGAUCUAGCCGGCGGUGGAGGCGAGGAUUCGAGCGAGAGAGAUGCGCCGCUAGCAGGUGAUGGUGCUGGAAAUGUGAUGGCGACAACCCCCCUCCCCGCGGACCCCUGGGCGAGACGGCGAGGAGAUGGAUCUAGGCGAAUCCAAUCCGACCAUCUGUUCAAGGCCAUGAGUAUCCCUAACCCUAAAUCAAUUGAAACCUGUAAUGUUAAGAGGCAAAGCAUCUUUUUUCUGCAUCAUACAUCUUUGGCUGGCAUUGUUCUUCAUGUGUGGUGAUUUGUUUGGUAGGCACAGGUUUUCGGUAGACGUUAGGGUUCAAGGCUAUGUGACAAUAGAUGCUGUUGGUAGGAAAACUUACACAAAAGGGUCAACUCGGUAAUGGGUUGUGGAAUCAGAUAGCUUUAACGUUGAGUUUGUGUUGAGUAGCCUUGUUGAGUUAACUUGGGGCCCAAACCAAUCUCCUACCAUAUGGUAUUUUUGUAAGUCAAUUAGUGAGGACGUGAGACUAUUGGAGAAUGGCCAGAUUCCAGAGUUGUUUGAAAUAUAUGCAGAAGAGAGCCACUUUGAGCUUAUUGUAUCCAUCCUGGAUGCUGCAAAGGGUGUGCCAUUUGCUAUAAAUGCUUUAAAUCCUAUAUGUGUGGCGCCUCCUGAAUUCCCUGCUGAAAUCCAUCCUGAAAUCCCUCCUGACAUCCCUCAUGAAAUCCUUGCUGACAUCCCCGCUAGUAUUGUUGGAGGUUUUGACCAGCUUACAACAGAGGAAGCAGAAGUUAGAGAGGCAGAUAUCUUUGACAAUGAGGAGUAUGUUGGUGUUGAUGAUGAGUGCCUAUAUGUUCCUGCAUCUAAAUAGCAAGGUCAACCUGGAUCUGAACCUCAGGGGGCUGCAGCCACUGGUCAGAGUGGAGAGAUUGGUUCUAGUGCUAGUGCUGUGGCAGGCUGGCAGCUCCUGAGGCACAGAUUACAGAUGAUUAUCCUCAGAUUUAUAACAUCAUUCAUGACCUUGAGAAUCCAAACAUUGUGAAAGAUGCUUUGUUCCCCCAUGAUAACUCUCAGAAAAGUUGUAAGGCAUUAUGCCAUCUUGAAAGGUUUUGAAUUUGCUAAAGGUAUGAAGACAGAUCCUACAAGGUUUAUUGCAAAAGGUGCAGCUGAUGGUUGCCCUUGGUGUAUAAAUGCAUCUCUGAUUGAGGAUAAGAAGACUGUAAAGAUUAUGGUCCUUCCAUUUGAGCACACUUGUUCUUCUACAAAGCUACAUAAAGGGAAGAUGGCUACUCAAGGCUGGUGUGCAGAUAGACUCUCUGAUUGGAUUAAGAAGAAUCCUAGCAAGGGACCAACUGAUGCCAGGAAGAAGCUUGAAGAAAGAUAUGAGAUCAAGUUGAAAUACUCCAAAGCAUGGUCUGGUAUGAAGAAGGCUAUGGAGCAGAUCCAUGGUACAUAUGAAGAAAGCUUCCAGCUUCUUUUCAACUGGAAGGUUGCACUGCAGAACAAGUCACCAGGUACAAUUGUAGAGAUAGAGUUGCAGAAAGUAGGCAAGAAGAUGUGCUUUAAGAGAAUUUUUGUUGCAUUGAAACCUUGCAUAGAUGGAUUUUUGGCUGGAUGUAGACCUUACUUAGGUGUAGAUGCAACUAGGUUAACUGGUAAAUAUACUGGACAGCUAGCUUCAGCCACUGCUAUAGAUGGACAUAACUGGUUGUAUUAUGUAGCAUAUGUUGUGUUUGACUCGACAAUAGAUGAUAACCGACUCUGGUUCAUGCAACAACUAAAUAAGGCCAUAGGAGACCCAGAUGGUUUAGUUAUUUCUACAUAUGCAUGUAAAGGUUUAGAGAAUGCAUGAGGCAUCUCUAUUCUAAUUUCAUGAAGAAGUACCAAGGGCUAAUCUUCACUAAUCAUCUGUACCUAGCUGCUAGAUGCUAUACCGAGGAUAGGUUUCAGUGGCACUUGAAGCAUAUAUGGGAUGUCAGGCCUGAUGCAAUAGAGUACCUAGAGAAGCACCACUCAAGGAUUUGGUAUAGAUGUGGAUUUUCAGAACUUAGCAAGUGUGAUUACCUGACAAAUAAUGUUUCAGAGAGUUUCAACAACCAGAUCAAGGGCCUAAACGGUUUGCUCAUACAUGAGUUGGUUGAUUCCAUUAGAGAAAUAGUCAUGGUGAAAUUUGCACUUAGAAGAGAUUGUGCUAGCAAGAUGGAUGAUGGAAUCCUACCAGGUGUCAUGAAGGAGCUGAACAUUGCAACUAGUAAUCUGAAGGUUGUUAAGGUGGCUAGAAGUGACCAUGGAUUUGCUGAAGUCACAAUGGUUGAGAGUGAUAAUAGCACCUAGAGGGACACUGUGGACUUGGACAACCGAAAUUGUUCUUGUAGGGUAUGGCAGGUGACAGGAAAGCCUUGCAAGCAUGCAGUGGCUUGGAUAUGCACCAACAGGGGAAAGAUUCAGGACUUUGUGCAUCCAUAUUACAGUGUCUAAUACUUUAGAGCAGCUUAUGCAGGGAGGAUUCAACCCAUGACUGAUAGGUUACAAUGGCCUUCAGUUGAUCUUGGGUUCAAAGUGCAUCCUCCAAGACUGAGAAGAGGAGCUGGCAGGCCUAGAGUGCGAAGGAUAAGGGGUUGUCUUGAGCCUGGGAGAAAGAAGGUGAAAUACAAGAGAUGCAAACAGUUUGGGCACUUUGAGAAAACUUGCAAAUUGGCUGAGCCACUAGAUGAAGAUGACAUGGCUGCCGAAGAAACACCCAGGAAAAGGAGGAGGCCAGCAAAUGUGGAUGUUGAAGCUAGCUCAUCUGCACCAAACAAAAAGAAAAAAAAACUCCAAAGAAGAAAAGAACACCACAGAAGAUGAGAGAUCUUGCUUCUUCCAGUGCUCCACCAACAACUACUCCUAGAAGGCUAUCAGAUUGGUUUGGUGUGUCUCAACCAUCCAACCCAGCUUGAUGUUGAGCUAGCUGAUUACUGGGUUCUCUUUUGUAAUAUAUGAUGGCCCAAGAACUGCUUAUUUUGUGAUGUAAUGCAUGUGUAAGCUAGCUGAUUAGUGGGUUCCCUUUUGUAAUUAUUAUGUGAUGUAAUGCCUAAGACACACCUAUGUUGUGAUGGCUGGCAGACCUGCUUAUUUUGUGAUGUAGCAGUGAAGUAAUGGCACUAAGACCUUCUUAUUAUGUAUUCUAAAGUUGGCUGUGCUAUGCAAACUAUCAUAUGUGGCAUAGAUGAAUGAAAUUGCUCCAUACAUGUGACAUUCUCACAUUUGUGU